AUGGCACCUUCACCAAACGACACUGUUGUAUUGCUCUCCUCAGAUCACCAACGCUUUGUUGUCGAGAAAAACAUCAUAAACAAGUCUAUUGUCAUUAAAAACAUCAUUGAAGAAUUAAAUGGGGCAGCAGAUUCUGAUGACCCUCAAGAUUUGGAGGGCGAACAAAUAGAGAUUCCUGUUGGCAAUGUCAGAUCCUCAGUAAUGACCAAAAUCAUAGAAUGGUGCAAACACCACAGAAACACCACGUUUCCAGACGAUGAUUUUGACGAGCCAAACAAAAGCACUCCCAUUGACGAUUGGGACAAAAAGUUUUUGGAAGUUGAUCAAGAUAUGCUAUAUGAAAUCAUUUUGGCUGCAAAUUAUCUUAAUAUCCAACCUUUAUUGGAUGCUGGUUGCAAGGUUGUAGCGGAAAUGAUAAAAGGAAAGGGUGUUGUAGAAAUAAGAAAUACUUUUAACAUUGUCAAUGAUUUUUCUCCAGAAGAAGAAGAAGCAAUUAGAAAAGAAAAUGAAUGGGCUGAGGAUCGUUGA